AAGUUACUUUUAGUCUGAAGCUGUCCGUAUCUCAUGCACGUAGUAAUCGAGUUUGUUCAGUGUCUUCGUACAUUUAUUUUUUUCCAUUGACCACACAGGAAAUGAUUUCUCUUCAGACAAGUUGUGAGCUGUACUAGCACUCUGCAAAACUGCCUUUGGGUAUUGGACAGCAGUAAGCAGUAAGAAAAUAAACGUCAGUAGAAAUCAAGAUGCAUGACUUCGAUUGUGAGAGCUUUCAAAUGGCCCUGCUGCCCUCAGUGUAUGGGAUUGAGUUCACUGUUGCUCUGGCAGGAAACCUGUUUGCCCUGUGGCUGCUGGUCGUUAGAGAGAGAAGAAACUGGCACACUGGUGUUGUCCUGUCGUGUAACCUGGCAAUAAGUGAUCUGCUGUAUGUCCUCACCCUGCCUUUGCUGAUUGUCUACUACUCACUGGAGAAAAACUGGAUAUUUGGUGAUGCUGUGUGCAAAAUCGAGAGGUUCCUUUUCACCUGCAACCUAUAUGUGAGCAUCUUCUUCAUCAUGGCGAUAAGCGUGAACCGAUGUGUGGCCCUCGUGUGGCCCUUCUUUACCCGAUCUCAUGUGAAGCCUGCCCAUGCCAAAGCCGUCAGCGUCAUCAUCUGGAUCACUGUAGGAGUCAUUUCCUGCCCUGUGUUUAAAUUUGCCUCUGUUUGUCACACGCACGAUAAUAAGACUCAUUGUGUAUCCAUUUGCGACAAUAGUGAAGAGUGGCCUCACUUCACUUACAUUAUAUUUCUUGCUGUGUUUGGAUGUGUUGUUCCCUUUCUGGUUACUUUCACUUCUUACUGUGUGGUGAUUUGGGUGGUGUGGAAAAGUGUCAGUAUAACCUCACUGGAGAAAGGCAAAGUAGCCCUGUUAGUCAUGUCAGUGAUUGUCCUGUAUGCCAUUUCCUUUGUGCCUCACCAUGUCUUUCAUAUCUAUAAUUUGUAUCUGAAAAUCCAAGGCAACAGAACUAACUGUUGGGUCUACAACAUGUAUCAAGUGUCCAAGGGACUGGCAACUCUGAACAUGUGUAUCCAUCCAAUCCUUUACAUGGCGGUGUUUGACAGUAUAAGAGUAGCUUGUUGUGGGAAGAGCCGAUAUGACAACAAGGAGAGGGAGAUGACGGGGUAAAGGUGCUACUUUUCUGUUAGGUACAUCAUUAUUUCAAUGUGUUUGUUGCUGUACUAUGCCUAAUUUUAACUUUCUGUCUGAUGCCCCAUAUCAUAUAUAGCUAUUUUGUGUGUAAUAUGAAGGUUUAUUUGUGUAAUACUGAACGAUGUUAAUGUUUCUGUGAUUUCAUCUGAGAUUACUUUCUCUUAUGUUAACAUGUUUGAGCAACUGACAUUAGCACAUUAACCUGAAACUGUUUGUAUUCAUAUUUCUUUGUAGUUUUCACAGUGUUUGAUGAUCAGAGAGGGAGAGAAAUAAAACGUCAAAAGACA